AUGUUGUAAUAAUAGAAAUUCAAUUUCGCUUGUAAGUAGCACCCUUAAGAACUUAUUUAAUUCUGCUGCUUUAAGAAAGAUUGCUAUGAUAAUAGAUUGUUUUGUUUUAAAUGUAUGAAUUAAACAUAGCAUGUCAAACAUAUGGGCGUCGUUAUUAAAAUCGAAGAUGCUGAGAGCUUAAUUAAUUAAUAAUUGAGAAAACUUAAAGAGACUAUUACUAUAACAAAAAAUCAGUUUAAUUAGGCUAAGGAAUAAUACUAAUAUUUAAUCAAAGGUUUAGAAGAUAGAGUUUUUAGUUUAGAGUCUAUGAAUUUUUUAGAUUUAAGUCAAAUUGAAGAAGCACUGACAAUUUCAUUCUUAUUUGAUUAAUUAAAAUAAACAAUCUAAUAAACGGUCUAACCAUAAUUACUUAAGUUGAAAAAAUCGAUGGAAGACAUUUAUAGAAAUUGCCAAAUAAACAUAUUCAUUUAAAAAGAUGAGUAAAAUAUAUUGAAGAUUGGUAAAUGAUAGAAUAUAAAAAUAGCAAAUUAUUUAUUGAAAUAAUAAGAUUUAUAGAAGGCAAUGCUAUACUAUGAAGAAUGCUUAAAAUUGAAUCCUGAGAAUGAAUAAGCUUUAUUAGGAAAGGGUAAGAUCAAACUACAUUUUAGGUGAUUGCUUAAGAAUUAAAUCAAAAUUCAAUUAGGCAUUAGAAUGCUAUGAAAAAUUACUAUUAAUUAAUGAAAAUAAUGCCUAAGCUUAUUUAAAUUAAGGUAGAAAGUAAUUAUAAUUUUUAGGAGAAUGUUUAUUUAAUUUAGCUAAAUUCAAUUCUGCCUUGAAGGCCUACGAUCAUGCUUUAAAUAUAAAUCAAAAUGAUUAUAAAGCUAUGUUUUAUAAGGGUAAAUAUAUCAAAAGAUAUAAGGUUAAUGUCUAAGUUUAAUCUUCUAAUUGACUGAAGCAAAAAAAUGUUUCAAAAAAGUAAUUGAAAAUAACUCAGAUGAAAUAUACACACUUUUGUCUUAGAGUAUUAUAUUUAUUAUGAUUAAGGCCAUUUAUUAAUUCAAUAACUUGAAUAAGAUAAAGCACUUAUAUUAUUUGAUUAAAUAUAACAAAAAUCUCCUUAAAAUUAUGAUGCUUUCUUUUUAAAAAGUAUAUUAAAUCAGCCUAUUACAAGUUUCAUUUGCAAUUAUCGAUGGGAACCAUGUUGAAACAUCAAAUAUCUCUGAGGAAAUGAUAAAAUAUUAUCCAGAGGAUGGGAAAGCAUUGUAUUUCAAAGGUAACAUAUGAAUUUGUCUUAAGGAAUUACUUUAAUUCAUUAAGGUGAAUUUGAUUAAGCAUAAAAAGUUUUACAAAAACUAAUAGAAAUUGAUCCAACUUUAUGGAUGAUUUAACACUUAAAAGGUAUAAUUAUUAUUAAUCUAAGCGAAUAUUUUAUUAUUAGGAGGAAAAUAAAAUGAAGCUUUGGAGUUGAUAGAUUAAAUCUUAGCAUCAAGCCCAAAUUUUUUUCUAAUCAUUUGGUAAAAAGGUGAAAUAUAUUAAUAAUUUUAGCCUUGAUCCUUAAUGAUAAAGGACAUGAUUUAGUAAUUUAAUUUUUUGAUGAUUUGAUAAUAAAGUAUCCACAAGAUACUUUUCCUUUCUUAUUCAAAGGAACGUUAUUAAUUUUAAAGAAUAAAUUUGAUGAAGCUCUCAUAGCCUUAAAUUGUGUAUUAUCUAUCGAUGAUGAGAUUUUUUUAAUUUUAUUUCUAAAAGCUGGUUGCUUAUUAGAAUUGAAUAAACAUCAAGAAGCAAUUGAUCUAUGUGAAAAAUUGCUUAGUUUAUCUCCUGAGAAUUCUAUAAUUAUGAAAUUAAAAAGUAACAAUAAUAAAUAUUUAGAUGAAAUCUUAGCAAAAAUAUCAGAUGACAAUGAAUAGAUGGAAUAAAUUGAAAAUGAAGAAGAUGAAGAAGAUGAAGAAGAUGAAGAAGAUUAAGAAGAUGAAGAAGAUGAAGAAGAUGAAGAAGAUGAAGAAGAUGAAGAAGAUGAAUAAUAAGAGAACAAAGAAAAUUAAGAAGAUGAAGAAGAUGAAGAAGAUGAAUAAUAAGAGAACAAAGAAAAUUAAGAAGAUGAAGAAGACGAAGAAGAUGAAUAAUAAGAGAACAAAGAAAAUUAAGAAGAUGAAGAAGAUGAAGAAGAUGAAUAAUAAGAGAACAAAGAAAAUUAAGAAGAUGAAGAAGACGAAGAAGAUGAAUAAUAAGAGAACAAAGAAAAUUAAGAAGAUGAAGAAGAUGAAGAAGAUGAAUAAUAAGAGAACAAAGAAAAUUAAGAAGAUGAAGAAGACGAAGAAGAUGAAUAAUAAGAGAACAAAGAAAAUUAAGAAGAUGAAGAAGAUGAAGAAGAUGAAUAAUAAGAGAACAAAGAAAAUUAAGAAGAUGAAGAAGACGAAGAAGAUGAAUAAUAAGAGAACAAAGAAAAUUAAGAAGAUGAAGAAGAUGAAGAAGAUGAAUAAUAAGAGAACAAAGAAAAUUAAGAAGAUGAAGAAGACGAAGAAGAUGAAUAAUAAGAGAACAAAGAAAAUUAAGAAGAUGAAGAAGAUGAAGAAGAUGAAUAAUAAGAGAACAAAGAAAAUUAAGAAGAUGAAGAAGACGAAGAAGAUGAAUAAUAAGAGAACAAAGAAAAUUAAGAAGAUGAAGAAGACGAAGAAGAUGAAUAAUAAGAGAACAAAGAAAAUUAAGAAGAUGAAGAAGAUGACAAUUUAGGAUUGUGA